AUGGCUAAGGCUUUGAUGCCAAUCAAGAUAUUCGCCGAUAAGAUCGAUGAAUGCCAUGAAGUACUCAAACCCCACGACAUAGACUUAAAACAGCUCUUAUUAUCUGAUGACAAGAAUUCAAUGUCUAAUAUGACAAAUAAAUUCUGUGCCACAACUGCUAUAGAAAUAGCAUUAUGUGAUGUUAUCCUCGCUCUCGGUAUUACUCCCGACGGUAUUAUUGGUCACUCUUUCGGCGAAAUAGCGGCCGCUUAUGCCGACGGAUGUCUUGACACACGGGAAGCGAUGUUAGUUACCUAUUAUAGAGGACUUGUGACCGAAAGUGACAAAAAGAUACCGAAAGGACUGAUGGCUGUCGCGGGUCUGUCUUGGAAUGAGGCCAAGAAGUUGUGUCCAAAAGGAGUGAGUCCUGUCUGUAAUAACGGAAAGGACACAGUCGUCGUCUCAGGUUUAUACAAUGAAGUGAAACAAAUGAUCGAAGACUUGACCCAAAAGGGAAUAUUUGUUCGCGAACUCCAAAGCAAUGAUAUCCCAUAUCAUAGCGAAUAUCUCAUUACAUCCGCGAAGAAACUCACGGAAGAACUCAAGAAAGUGGUUCUCAAUCCUAAACCCCGGUCUAAGAAAUGGAUCUCAACAGCGAUUAUUGAAUCCGAUCCGGACGAUGAACUGAAGACCGCAUCGGCCGAGUAUUUCGUCCAUAAUCUCGUAUCUCCCGUUCAUUUCUAUAACAAAUUCAAACACUUGCCAUCGGAUGCUCUCAUCCUUGAGAUCGGACCGCACGGGCUGUUCGGCAAAGUAGUGAAGGAAACACUAGAAUCGGGUUCUUAUGUGUCGCUCAUUAAGAAAGACUCAAACGAUACAAAUCUUGAGAUGUUUUUACAAUCGAUUGCAAAGUUGUAUGAAUUAGGACUCAAUCCUCUAAUUGAGAACCUAUACCCUCGGGUCGAAUGGCCGGUCGCCAGAAGUACUCAAUCCAUUAGUUCCCUAUUGAAAUGGGAUCACGACAUUAAUUAUGGUGUUCGCAAAUACCCUGAUUAUUACUUUAGACCAAAUUCUGCUGAUUUGAAUGAAGUCUAUAAUCCGACCCAAAAUAUUAAGGCCUUUAUGCCCGAGCAUUGCAUUGACGGCAAUGUCUUAUAUCCGGCCACCGUCUAUAAUCCGACCCAAAAUAUUAAGGCCUUUAUGCCCGAGCAUUGCAUUGACGGCAAUGUCUUAUAUCCGGCCACCGGUUAUCUGAUGCUCGCUUGGAGACGAAUGGCUGCACAACACGGAAGGCUAUGGAACCAAUUGCCGGCCAUCUUCGAGGACGUCCAGUUCCGGAGACCCAUAUUCUUGUCCGAAACAGAUAUGACCAGAAUUAAAGUGAAAUAUCACGAGACAACUGGUGAUUUCACAAUCUUAGAGGCCGGUAACGUUACGUGUGUUGGAAGAGUCCGCACCAGUGAUGAGUACGCUCUCAGUCUUCAACACCUCAUCGAAGACGCGAAUACAACACUCGCUAAAGACUUCGAAGUGAAUCUGACCACAAAUGAUCUCUACAAAGACCUCAAAGUCUUGGGCUAUGAUUACGGACCGAAGUUUAGACGCAUUCGUUCGGUGAAGACAAACAACUUUGAGACAAUUCAGGGAGAGAUCAGUUGGGAUGGAAAUUGGAUCACUUUUAUGGACUCAUUGUUGCAGACAAUGGCCGCUGCGAUGCCCUUCAGGAAAAUGAUGGUUCCGGUGAUGAUUAAGAGUCUUCGCUGCGACCCAAAGGUUAUGUACGAAGGAAUCACCGCUAAUAAAGUGGCGGAAUCUAAAGAACACGAAGAAAAGGUGUCCGAAGAUAAGAUCGACGCCUAUUUGGAUACCGAAGGCAAGACGGAUGAGGCGGAAGUCGAGGGCAUUCUGUCCACCAAUUCUGUCGAAUAUAUCGAAGAGCUGUUCGGCAAAGAGUUCCACGUCUAUGACUCUCUACUGCCAUUCCAUGUGGACAUGAAUUCACGAAUGAUUGUCACACAUGGUAUUGAGAUCGAGGAUCUGAUGGCACUUCCCAUUCCUCGCAAGACUAAUGUCCAGGACUUGAAACUAGAAUCGUAUCAAUUCGUGGCCAACGAAGAGACCAUCGCUAUCGACGAAUUGGAGAAGAAAUCAGUGAAAGAAUAUAUUAAGGUUUGUUCAUCUCUUGCCGAUAAAAUCAAACAAUUGAUUGAAACAAAAGACAGUAAAGUGAACGCAAAUAUUACCGACGAUUUGGUUAACAAAUACUUAAAUGAUAUGAAAGAAAAUCAAAUUUUGCUCAAAAUCCUGAACGAAGUCUAUAAGGGAUGUAUUGAUGAGAACCAGAAUAUCGACACAAACAGACUUCUGGUCGACAUUCAGGCGAAACCCGAAUACGACUUAUCGCGAGAUCUUAUAAAUCAAGUCUCAAAGAACGAGCAUUUGAUUCGCUCUCUCGUCGAUAUCGUCAACGAAUCACAUGUGCCUAAAAAGGAGCUCAAAGUAUUGGAAAUCAAUUUGACAAAUGGAUUGAUGGCUAGAGAAGUGGACUCACAGUUGGCCGCAUCUCAUAUCUAUCCGAUUGACGUGAGCUAUACUAUUGCUGUCAAAUCAAAGGACACUCUCAGCGAUGACUAUAAGGAUUUCAAGACAAUUGAGUGGAAUCCGAGCGAUAGUACAUUCCCGCAAGAAGUGACCAUGGCCAAUCUCAUUAUUAUUAGGGAUUCACAUGACUUGUGGCAAUUGGACACCGAUAGCCAAAUGCAAGAUAUCUAUGAUGUGGUCACCGAUAAGGGAUAUCUGAUGACAGUCUUUAGAUACCAAAUGACAGAACCAGAGCUCGCGUUGAAUCAAAUGAAUGGCAAGAAAGCGCUUCAGAACUCAGACUUAGAGAAACGUAUCGUUGAUUUUGUAAAAUCGGCACAAAGUGUAGGAUUUAAUAUUAUUGGUCGCAAAUUAGACUCAAUCGGAUCCAUGGCUUUGUUGUUUAAGAAGAACUUUUCUGAGCCUAAAGUACCGAAAAAAGAGAAUAUAAUACAAAUCUCUAGUAAUCCCGAGAAAUGGUUUGAGAUCUUAAAAGAGAAAAUUGUUGAACAGAAGGAAAAGGACUCAUCGGAUGAGACUCUUUGGCUCAUUGCGAACGACUCCUCCAAGAAUGGUAUCAUUGGUCUCAUUAAUUGUCUGCGUUUAGAGCCGGGAGGAGAGUGUCUGCGAUGUGUCUUCGAUUACGAUAACCUCAUCAAAGGUUCCGUGAAGUUCACUGAAAAGCCGUAUUCAGACAUUUUGUCCAACGAUUUGCCUAUAAAUGUGCUGAAGAACGGAAAAGUCGGUACUUAUAGACACUUCACUCUCAACAAAGAAUACGACAAAAUAGAGUCAAACGACUACUUCCUUAAUGUCGGCCAUAACAGAGACUUAGCAUCUCUUCAAUGGUAUGACUCGAAGGGUUUGGCCACAAAUAAAGACGAUUACGAUUUCAUGAAUACCAAAACCAACAAAAUUGCGUGCAAUAUAUAUAGCGCUGGAAUGAACUUCAGAGAUGUUAUGUUUGCCACAGGUCGUAUUGUUUCGGGACCACAAAUGCUGUUCACUGAUUGCUGUAUUGGUUUUGAGUUCGCCGGCCGUCGGGCCGACACUGGAGAACGAGUUUGCGGUUUCGAUAUGAGUCGAUGUUAUGCCACUUCUAUUGACGCCAACGAAGACUUUAUCUCUAAAGUGCCCGACAACUGGUCGAUGGACGACGCGGUGUCCAUAUUGUGUACUUACAGUACUGUAUGGUAUGGUCUCAUAGAGAGGGCACACAUGCAAAAAGGCGAAUCAAUUUUGAUUCAUUCUGCGGCCGGAGGUGUGGGUCAGGCGGCGAUCAGUGUUUGUCAACACUAUGGCUGCGAUAUAUACGUUACGGUCGGAACCGAAGAUAAGAAAAAGUUUUUGAUGAAUACCUAUAAUAUUCCGGAGAACAGAAUAUUUAGUUCGAGAAACACUCAGUUUAAGUACAAAAUCAAAGAGAUUACGAAAGGAAAGGGAGUCGAUAUGGUUCUCAACUCUCUCACCGGCGAUAAACUCGACGCCAGUUAUGAAUGCGUUGCCGAUUGCGGCCGCUUUGUGGAGAUCGGCAAAUAUGACCUCCAAAUGAACAAACAGUUGGGAAUGUUUGCCUUCUUGAGAGACAUCUCUUUCAUCGGUGUUUCAGUCGAUCAGAAACUAUAUAUGAAGAGAGGAUUCACUAAACGCUUCUUUGAUUGGAUGCACGAGAACUCAAGCAAUGGAAUGAUUAAACCAAUCAAUGCUAAUGUCUUCAAAGCGGAAGAGGCGGAGAAGGCGUUCAGAUUCAUGACAACCGGUAAACACAUCGGAAAAAUUGUUAUUCAUCUUCGAGAGGAAGAAAACAAUAAACACGCGAAGAGUGGAUUCAAUCCGACUAAAAAACUGAUGGUCACUCGAAAGACAUAUUUCAAUCCAAACAAGACUUAUAUCAUAACCGGAGGUUUGGGUGGAUUUGGUCUGGAGUUCAUUCAUUGGAUGAUGUUUAUGGGCGCACGAAGAUUUGUCUUAACCUCAAGACAUGGCGUCAGAACUAAUUACCAGAAGUUUAUUUUGGAUCGUUUGGAGUCAUUGGGAGUAAAACUAAAACAGUAUGAGACAAAAGUUGUCGUUUCGACUCACGAUUGCAAUACAACUGAAGGAACGAAACAACUCUUAGCCGACGCCCAGAAAUUGGGUCCAAUCGGAGGGGUCUUUCAUUUGGCUCUUGUUCUCAAUGACUGUCUUAUUGAAAAUCAAACGAUCGAUAAAUUCCAGGAAACCAUUGAUUCAAAGACUAAAGCGUUUGAAAAUUUGGAUAAAAUAAGUCGUGAAUUGAGUAUAGAUUUGGACUAUUUUGUUGUCUUCUCUUCUGUCGCUUGUGGUAAAGGAAACGCCGGGCAAUCAAACUAUGGUUUUGCGAACUCUGUUUGUGAACACAUCUGCGAAUUGAGGCGAAGAGAUGGAUUGCAUGGUUUGGCCAUUCAAUGGGGACCUAUCGGUGACGUCGGAGUACUGGCUGAAUCUGAAAUCAACACCUCUUUGGCAGCAGUUGUUAAGCAAAGAGUUAACUCAUGUCUAGAAGUGAUGGAUAAAUUGCUUCAAUCCGAUAAUUCGAUUGUUUCGUGUUUGGUGAGAGCCAAGAGAUCAGUGAUGACCGGAACUCGAGAAUCAAAACUUGUGAAUCAAGUCUGGAUUGCGCUGGGAAUUGAUCCCAAGACUACUCCCAAUCACUUAACUCUGGGAGAGAUCGGUAUUGAAUCCAUGUUUGCGGUUGAGUUACAGCAGGGAUUGGAGAGGGAGUACGACAUUAAGGUGUCUCUGAAUGACAUCAAGAAUAUCACAAUAGGAAUGAUGAAAGACUUUGAGGCCGGAAAAGUGGACGAAAUGAAGAAAUUUGCGGAUGAGAUCAAGUUGUGUCGCACGAAGUUAUGUAAAGUGAAGUUUGUUAUUCCCAACGAAGCCUAUACUCGACUUAAUAACGUGACGACAGGAAAACCCCUGUAUUUCUUGCCACCACUUGAGGGCAUAUUUGCCUCAUUGGAAGGGUUGGCCGCAAAGGUUGACCGACCGGUCAUUGGUCUCAAUUGGGUUAAGGAUAUGGAGAAAUUGGGUUCACUGAAAGACAUCAGUCGAUACUACACGCAACUGAUGAAGGUGUUGGAGCCAAAGGGCGAUUACGACAUUUUGGGCCACUUUUACGGCGCUCUCAUAGCGAUGAAGAUGUUGAAGAAGGCGCCGGUGGGCAGAGCCGUCAUCAUUGAUAUGUUAUCGGAGGUGACCAUCGAAGAGGAGAUGAUUACCGACGACUACAUAAUUGAGAUCAUUAUAGCGCUCAUCACCAAAGACUUACCGGCGGUAAUGCGGGCGAAGAUCAGGCGAGACAUCUCCACCAAACCCGACGUGGAGUCAAAACUGGACAAAAUGACUACAGAAUUGAAGGAAUUCUGCGGUAAAAGUCUUGUGAGCAAAGACUUGGAUGAGAUUCUCAUGAAUUCGUUCAGAAGAGCCAAACUCUUCACUACAUAUCGACUGAAUAUGAAAACCAAAUACAAGAAAAUGAAAUACAAUAUCGCAGAGAAGUACAUGAAAAUGAACGCUAAGAUACUGAUCAUCAAACCAUUUGUUAUGACCGAAGAUUUCAUCACCGAAGAGAUGAGCGAUAAGAUAAAGACCGCGUAUUUCCUUCCCGAACAGGGUUUGGAGGGAAAGCUUAAUUUCGAGACCAUUGAGUCCAACGACGAUGAAUUGGAGGCCACGAAGACUAUUGAGAAGUUCGCCGAUUCUAUAAACGCUUAUUUGUCCAAAAAGUAGUGUUGCCAUCAUUUGCUAGAAUUGCAUACAUUUAGCAUCAUAUUUAUGCUACUUAUAUACUUGUAUCACAUUUUAUAAUCAAUUAUAUAUUUUUGCAUUUAA